AUGGGUUUCACCGAUUUCCUCUCAGAUGCUGGUCUCAGCGUUCUCAACAGCUGGUUGACCACCCGUUCAUACAUUGUUGGAUACGCUCCAUCCCAAGCCGACGUUGCAUCCUUCAAGGCUCUCACAACCGCCCCAGACUCUGCCAAGUACCCACACGCAGCAAGAUGGUACAAGCACAUCGCUUCAUACACAGAGGAAUUCGCCACUCUCCCUGGUGACGCUUCCAAGGCAUACACAACUUAUGGUCCAGAUGUCGCAGAGGUCACUCUAAACCCAGCCAAGGCACCAGCCGCCGAGGAGGAGGAUGAUGAAGUCGACUUGUUUGGCAGUGAUGAUGAGGAGGAGGAUGCUGAGGCUGAGAGGAUCAGAAAUGAGCGUCUAGCAGAAUAUCGCAAGAAGAAGGAGGGUAAGACUAAGCCUGCUGCUAAGUCUGUUGUCACUAUGGAUGUUAAGCCUUGGGAUGAUGAGACCGACAUGAAGGAGCUCGAGGCAUCCGUUCGUGGCAUUGAGAAGGAAGGUCUUGUCUGGGGCGCUUCCAAGCUUGUCGCUGUUGGUUUCGGUAUCAAGAAGUUGCAGAUUAACUUGGUCAUCGAGGAUGACAAGAUUGGUCUCUCCGAGUUGCAAGAGGAGAUUGAGGAGUUCGAGGAUUACGUCCAAUCGACCGAUAUCGUGGCUAUGCAAAAGUUGUAG